AUGCAGUCCGCCGCCGCCGCCAACAUGGUCGCCAGUAAAUCGGCCGACGAGCCGUCCGGGCCGCCGUCGUCGUCGCAGCCCUCGCCGUUGAAGUUGGGCCAGGUCGAGGGGGCUCAGGAGAAGCAGCAGUCGAAAGCGCAACCGACGGCUACGGCGACGACGCCGGCGCCUCAAAAGCAGAAGAAGACGGCGGAACCAUCGCUGAGUUCUACCAACCUUGAUCUCGAGAUAAUGGCGCGCGAGAGAGCCUGCGAUAUUACAAACGUCGGAGUCCGCCUCCAGGUCCGCCGCCCCGACGCGCCAAAAAACAUGGUCGGCACCUUCACCCACAUCAUCCGCAACCACGGCGUGACAGGCCUCUACAACGGCCUCUCGGCCUCCCUCCUCCGCCAGAUGACCUACUCCACCGUCCGCUUCGGCGCCUACGAGGAGAUGAAGAUCCGCGCCACCCGCGCAAACGACGGCAAACCCCCCUCCUUCCCCGUCCUCGUCGCCAUGGCCUCGGCCGCGGGCUUCGUCGGCGGCAUCUCGGGAAACGCCGCCGACGUCCUCAACGUCCGCAUGCAGCAGGACGCCGCCCUCCCCGCCGCCGAGCGCCGUAACUACAGCCACGCCCUCGAGGGCAUGCUCCGCAUGGCGCGAGAGGAAGGCAUCAUGAGCUGGUUCAGGGGCGUCCUCCCCAACAGCAUGCGCGCUGCGGCCAUGACGGCCUCGCAGCUCGCGUCGUACGAUACCUUCAAGGGUAUCCUCAUCCGCCACACGCCCAUGGGGGAUAACCUGACGACGCACUUUACGGCCUCGUUCCUCGCUGGUGUGAUGGCCGCCACGGUGACGAGCCCCAUUGAUGUCAUCAAGACGCGGGUCAUGUCGGCGAGCACCCAGGAGGGGCUGGCGCAUACCCUGGCCAAGAUUUACAAAGCUGAGGGCCUUGGGUGGAUGUUCAAGGGCUGGGUGCCCAGUUUCCUCCGCCUCGGACCACAAACAAUCUGUACAUUUGUCUUCCUAGAGAUGCACCGCAAGGUCUAUAGAAAGGUUGCUGAUAUCGGCAACGGUGAAGAUGCGUCCAUCAAGGGGUAA